UAGAAUCUAGAAAAUGAGAAUGCAGUUUAGUGAGCACAGACGUGGCAUUUGAUAAUCAUCCAACCAUGAGGCCUCUCACUGUUGUGGCCUUUCCUGUUGCGGAGCACAGGCUCUGGACGUGCAGGCUUGGCGGCCAUGGCUCACGGGCCCAGCCGCUCCGCGGCAUGUGGGAUCUUCCCGGACCGGGGCACGAACCCGUGUCCCCUGCAUCGGCAGGCGGACUCUCAACCACUGCGCCACCAGGGAAGCCCCUUUGUACUUCUUUUACUCCCUUUCUGCCUUCUUUUGAAUUGAGUGCUUUUUAUGAUUCUAUUUCAUCUCCUUUGUUGUUGUAUUAGUAACAGCAUUUUGUUUUGUUUUGUAAUUUAACUGGCUGCUUUAGGGUUUACUGUACACAUAUUUAAAUGAUUACGUCUACCUUCAAGUGAUAUAACACCACUCCACAUAUAGUAUAGGAAACUCUCAAUGGUAUAUUUUCAUUUCUCCCUUCCUGGCCUUUAUGCUAUUAUUGUCAUAUAUUUUAUUUAUGCAUAUGUUAUAAACCCUGCACUAAAUUGUUAUUUUUGUUUAGUCAAUGAUCUUUAAAGGUAUUUAAAUAGUAAGAAAAAUUCUUUACCCCUGCAGUCACCACUACCAGUGUUCCUCAUUCCUUUGUGUAGAUUCAUAUUUUCAUGGGGUUUCAUAUUCCUUCUAGCAGAAGAACUUCCCUUAGCAUUCCUUGUCAUGUGGGUCCAUUGGUGAUUAUUUCUUUCAGCCCUUGUAUUUCUGAAAGAAUCUAUUGACCACCUUCACUUUUCAAGGGUAUUUUCUCUGGGUUCAUCAUGUGUUCUUUUAGUAUUUUAAAGAUGUUUCCCCAUUGUCUUCUGGCUUGCAUUGUUUCUAAUAAGAAAUUUGCUAUCAUUUUUAGCUUUGUGCUUCAGUACAUGAUGUCAUUUUUUUCUCUCUGCUUUUAAGAUGUUUUCUUUAUUACUGGUUUUGAACUAUUGAUUCUGAUGAAUAAUUUUAUUCCUGCUUCUUUGUGCUUUGGGUUUAUUGAACUUCUUGGAUGUGUGGUUUUAUAGUUUUCAUCAAAUUCAAAACUGUUCGGCCAUACUUCAAAUACUUCUGUUUCCCCCCUGUUCUCUUUCAGGAGCUCCAAUUCACACAUAAAUUAUUAGGGUGCUUGAAGUUGUCCCACAGUUUGCUGAUACUUUAUUUUUAAUUCUUCUUUCUCUGUUUUCAUUUUAGAUAGUUUCUAUUGCUAUGUCUUCAAGUUCAUUAAUCUUUUCUUCCACCAUCAAUCGCAUCUGGUGUAUUUUUUAUCUCAACUUGGGUCUUUUUAAAAAAUCUUCUGUGUCUCUACUUAACUUUUUGUACAUGAGGAAUACUGUGUUUAAUUCUUUUGUCUCUUCAUUCUAACAUCUGUGUCUAACAUCAGUACCCCCUCUCAAUAAUUGAUUUCUUUAUUUUUCUCAUUAUGGGUCAUAUUUUUUUGCUUCUUUGAAUGCCUAGUAAUAUUUGAUUAGACAUUGUGAAUUUUACCUUUUUGGCAGAUGAAUAUUUUUGUAUUCCUAUAAAUAAUCUUGAGCUUCACUCUGGGACACAGUGGAGGUACUUGGAAACAGUUUGAUUCUUUUAGGUCUUGCUUUUAAAAUUAGUUCGGUGGGACUGGAGCAACAUUUAGUCUAGUCUGUCGCCUACCACUGAGGCAAGACCCUUUGGAGUACUGUACCCAGUGUCCUCUGAAUUAUGAGGUUUUCCAGUCUGCCUGGGAAUAGGCCCAGUGCAGGGCCCCGAGGGCAUGUGGCGUACUGUUUCCUCUAAUCUGUUCAGCUGGUUUUUCUCCUGCCCUUAGGUAGUUUCAUCACGUGCAUGCACUGAUCAGUACUCUGUUGAAUACUCUACUCAAGCAGUACUCUUUGCUGAUCUCUGGGGUUUUCUCUCUUUGUUGCUCAGUUCCUGCAUGCUGACCUGGGAACUCUAGCCAUGGUGUCUUGAGAACUCUCCGCUCCAUCUCUACAACUCAGGGAGUCAUCCAGGCUUCACCUGGGUUCUCCCAUUCUGCACCGUGGCCUGGAAACUGUCUCAAGGCAAGUAUUUAAAAGAUGCUUCAAAGAAGAUGAAAAGUGGGCUUAUGUUUGUAAAACUGGUUAACCCGUGUUCAGGGGAAGGAGCCAUUUACUUGUUCAAUGUGUGUCUACCACAGCUGUUUGAAAUAAAAGUUUUCAAGGAAAAACACCAUUCUUGGUUUAUAAAUGAAUCAGUUCAAUCAGGAGGUCUUCUUCACUUUGCCACACCCAUGGACCCUCUGUUUCUGCUUCUCCACUACCUUAUAAAGGCUGAUAGAGAGGGAAAGUUUCAGCCCCUGGAACAAGUUGUGAUGGAUGACAUGUUUCCGAAUUGCAUCUUGUUGCUGAAACUUCCUGAACUUGAGAAGUUACUUCGACAUGUGACAGAGGAGAAAGAAAUAGACAAGAAGAAAUAUUACAAGUACAGCAAAGAGAAGACAUUAAAAUGGCUGGAAAAAAAGGUUAAUCAGACUAUGGCAGCGUUAAAAACCAAUAAUGUAAAUGUCGGUGCCCGGGUACAGUCUACUGCAUUUUUCUCUGGUGACCCGGUUUCCAGUGACAAGGAAGAGGAUUAUAUUUGUUAUGCCCAUGGUCUGAUAUCGGAUUACAUCCCUAAAGAAUUGAGUGAUGACUUAUCUAAAUAUUUAAAGCUUCCAGAACCUCCAGCUUCAGUGCCAAGCCCUCCAUCAAAGAAAGUAAAGUUAUCAGAUGAGCGCAUAGAAGCAAAAGAAGAUUACACUAAGUUUAACACUAAAGAUUUGAAGACUGUAAAGAAAAAUAGCAAAAUGACUGCAGCUCAGAAGGCUUUGGCUAAAGUUGACAAGAGUGGAAUGAAAAGUAUUGAUUCCUUUUUUGGUGCAAAACAUGUUAAAAAAAUUGGAAAGAUUUGAAACUUUGAAAAUUAAAUCAAGCAAAAAUAUUUGCCUUCUACAUGUCCCAUUUUCAGCCUUCCUCCAUUCCACUGUACUUCCUAACCCUUAAUUACCACCUUUUAAAAAAAAGUAGGAAGGGGGCAAUUUUCAGAUUCACUUGAACAUUUCUUUGUGUUUGAUUUUUGUGUUUUCCUGAACAAAAUAUGGGAAAGUAAUUGUAUAACUUCAUGGCUUGUGGCCUUUGGAGUUUUGUUUGACAUCAUGAAAAGUAAUCAAGUGAAUAGAAUUAACCUCUAGCAUCACAAUUUCCUCAAUAAACUGAUGUGUGACGAUAUUUGAGUGUAUGCCUGUUAUUUUAUGCAGCGUUGCACAUGGUAGCUAUAGCAAUAUGGUUUUCAAUAUACUGAGAGAAAUAUAACACAACUAUCAGAUAAACUACUACUUUUUAAAAGCCUUUAGUUUUGGGUAAAUCUUUUGUUUAAUGUAUUUUCUGUUUUAUGAAUACAUGUUCUUUGCAGAAAAUAGAGAAAAGUAUAAAACAAAAAUUAUAAUCUCCUGACUUUUCAUUACCUGGAGGUAAUAUGGUGUAUUUUCUUCUAUAAUAAUUUUUAAAGGAAUUAUAAUAGUAAUUUUAUAACCUUUUUUCUUGACAUCAUUUUGUGAGCAUUUUCCCAGGCUACUCUUCUUCAUAAAUAUACUUCUUUAAUGACAGUAAUUUUUAAUUAUUUGAGUAUUUGAUUAUUUAAUGAUCAUAGUCCUAUUUUGGACAUUUGUAUUAUUUUUAAACAUUUGCUAUUGGAAGAAUCAGAUUCUAUGUAAAUAUUUGUCUGUAUCUUUUAUUGUUUUCUUAGAAUGGAUUUUUAGAAGUGGGCUUACUGAUUAAUAACUAAGUUUUUCAAAUAUAUACUUUUGGGAAUAUAUUUCACAGAAAGGUUAUAGUAUCUUGCACUCUAACAAAUGAUGGUAUGAGUCCUUAUUAGCUUUGAGUAGUGUCUUUGCAAAUAAGUGGAAAAAAGGCAUGUUGGUGUGGUUUUAAUUCACAUUUUCCUGAUUAAUAAUGUCGACUGAAGAAAACCCCACACAACCUGAAAGUUGAGAGUUAUGUUUUAUUCAGGGAACUUACAGAGGACUAUAGCCUGGGAGGCAGCCUCUCAGAUAGCUCUGAGGAACUGUUACAAAGAGGUAAGAGAGAAGCCAGGAUAUGUAGGAAUUUUUGUUGAAAAAAAAAAACAUGCAGUCAAACAUCAAAAGAUUACUGCUAAUCAUACACACACAAAAGAAACCCCAGACAUCUCAAGUUAAUGAGUUUAGUGCUUUUCUGGGUAUGGGAAGAUGCAAGAGUCUGGGCUCAUUGAAAUUACUCCUUUGAUAUGCAUCUGAACCAGUAUUCCGGUUCAGGGCCAGUAUUCUGUUUUUCUCCAUCCUGAAUUCCCCUCAGGGCACACCGAGGUGGGGGGGCGGGUGAGGGGAAGCUCUGCAGAGGCUGAUGGCUUGAUGGUGGGCAGCAUUUGUUGUUUUCUGAAAUGGCAGGCAACAUUUUUUUGUCCACAGUAAUAAUAAUGUUCAUUUUUUCACAUUUACCUAUCAUUUGCCAUCUUAUAGAGAAUUAUUUGUUUAUGCCCUUUGUUAAAUUAUUGGAGUAUCAGUAUUUUUCUUAUUGAUUCUAAAAAGUAUUUUAUAACUUAAAGACAUUCAUUUUUGUCCACUGUGUUCAUUGUAAUUUUUUUCCCUUGGUUUGUAAUUAUUUUCUCAUCUUUUUAUUUUUUCCAUUAGAUUUGUAGGAUCAUUUUUACAGGUUCUAAGAGUAAAUUCUAAUGGGUUUUACUGAGAUUUUGAAAGACCCAUAAAUUAUUUUGAGAAAAACACAUCUUUACAAAAGUCAGUGUCCUUAUUCAGGAAUAUGGUAUUUGUCUAUAUUUACUAAAAUCCUAAUCAUACCUUUCACUAACAUUUGGUUCUUCAUCUUCAUGUAGGUUCUAGAUACUUCUUUUUAGGAGUAUCUCUAGGUAUUCUUGUUGCUAUUAAUGAAAUCUUUU